AUGCCAGAAAAACGUCUGUUAACGGAAGAUGAUAUAAAACUGUGGGAAUCAUCUGAGACCAGAUCUCAACUAAUCAACUUUAUAGAGACUUUGGCAGAGAGUGUCAGAGGACAUGAAAACACAGAUUAUGAACUACCUAUCUCCGACUCAAUAAAUUCUUUAAUGUCAUUAUUACAAAAAAUUAACCAAAUUAUUGACAAAUACCCAGUGAUUGCAGAUGCUAAUACUUCAAGGUUUGGCAAAAUUGAAUUUAGAGACUUUUUUCAUGAUAUUGAAACUCAUUCUUCACAACUAAUAAAGGAAAGUUUCCAUCAAUUAACAGACAAACAAGUAAAUCAAUUAUCUACAUAUCUUACACAAUCGUGGGGUGAUAAAAGAAGAAUAGACUAUGGAUCAGGCCAUGAAUUAAACUUUAUAUGUUUUCUCUAUGGUCUGGCCUAUUAUAAACAAUUCAACAUAAAGAGAACAGACUCGACUAAUUUAGUAUUAAAGGUCUUUGUUGAAUAUUUAAAGAUAAUGAGGACUCUUGAGCGUAAAUACUGGUUGGAACCUGCAGGAUCUCAUGGUGUGUGGGGCCUUGACGAUUAUCAUUUCCUACCGUUUCUGUUUGGUGCAUUUCAAUUAUCAACACACAAACACCUUAAACCUAAAUCCAUACAUAACGAUGAAAUUGUGGAGAUGUUUGCUGACCGAUAUCUAUAUUUUGGUUGUAUUGCAUUCAUCAACUCUGUUAAGACUACUGCAUCAUUAAGAUGGCAUUCCCCAAUGCUAGAUGAUAUCAGUGGUGUUAAACAAUGGAGUAAAGUAGCAGAAGGAAUGGUUAAAAUGUAUAUAGCCGAAGUACUGAAUAAGUUACCUAUCAUGCAACAUUUUUACUUUAGCAAAUUUUUACCAUGCCCCGAAGGUGUAACACCUUCAAUUCAACAAUCUGAUUUUAAUUUGAAUGAUAAUAAUGAAAUUGAAACAAAAUUACAUUCUAACCAUCUGCAUACUGGCUGGGGUGAUUGUUGCGGGAUCAAAAUACCAAGUGCAAUUGCCGCUACACAAAUGAAUAAUAAUAAAAAUCAUCACCAUCAACAGCCCAAACCUUUACCGUUUGACUAA